CUUGCCGCCACUGUUUCCGGUCGCGUGGGUCUUUCUGAGCGUGCGGUCGUCUGCGGCCGGGGGUUUGCACCAUGGGGGUCCCCAAGAGGAAGGCCUCGGAGAGCCCGGGCGGCGCGGCGCCCCGCGCGGGCACAGCCAAGCGAACCCGUGCGGAGGAGCUCACGGGCGUGCGCUUCAAGACCCAGCUGAGGGACGCGCAGGGCCCGGGGCCUGCUUUGGAAGCCUUUGUUUCUGCUGCCAAACAGCUACCGCACGAAGGUAUGUGUGAUGUCGUUGAGGGCUACAUCAAGAUUUCCAUGGAGUGUGCAGAAAUGUUCCAGCUCCUCAGUGGAGAGAAGCAGCCCGAGAGUGAAAUGCUGUUAAUAUUUCAAGUUUUUGAGGCCAUAUUGUUGAGGACAGCCAGUGAUCUUGCGCAUUUCCAUGUGGUGGGCAUCAACAUUGUGAAGAAGCUGCUGAACAACCACAUGAAGCUUCUGUGUGAAUCCCUGUAUGCAUCUGGUUACAGGUUGGCUCGAGCCUGCCUGGACCUGAUGGCUGCCAUGGUGACCCAGGGUCCUGAAGCCGCCAGGGAUGUGUGCAGCUGUUUUGAUUUGAAUAAAAAAGCCUUGUAUACGCUGGUGACCAAGAGAGGUUCAAAGGGAGUGCAUGAUGUCCGGCUGGCCUACAUCCAGUUCGCUCUCUCCUUCCUCAUUGCGGGUGAUGACAACACCAUAGGCCAGGUGCUGGAGCUAAAAGAAUUUAUCCCCUGCAUUUUUAGCUCAGGCAUAAAGGAGGAUAAGAUUUCUACCAUCAACAUUUUGUUGUCUACACUGAAAACAAAGGUAAUUCACAAUAAAAACAUCACGAAAACCCAGAAGGUGCGUUUCUUUACCGGGCAGCUUCUGAACCACAUAGCUUCUCUCUACAACUGGAAUGGAAUCACAGAUGUCAGUCCAGAAAACCCAGAAAGCGCGGAGGUGUCUGCUGAAGAGGCGGGGAAAGCCAUGGUGAGGGACCUCGUUCAUAACUUCCUGAUAGAUCUCUGCUGUUCUCGAAAGCAUGGCAUUUGCUUUUACGAUGCCUCUUUGGGAACUUCUGGCAGAGGAGGCAACCUGACACUCCUACACUUCUUGUUGAGUCUGAAAACUGCGGCUGGGGAUGAGCUGGUGGCCGCUCUCGUGGUGAACAUUCUGAAGGUGUGCCCGGACCUGCUGACCAAAUACUUCAAGGAAGUCACGUUUUCCUUUCUUCCAAGAGUGAAGUCCGCGUGGCUGAAUAACGUGAAACUGCUAAACAAGAUCUACGAGGCCCAGCCAGAGAUUUCCCAGGCCUUUUGGACCAGAGAGUUUAUCCCUUUGCCGAGGCUCCUGGCGAUGGUGAUGGUGACCACAGUGCCUCUGGUGUGCAAUAAGAUCAUGUUCACUCAGGCAUUAAAUUUGGACAGCAUUCCUGUGAGACACUCAGCGUUAGCCCUUAUUUCGGUCAUUUUGAAGAGAGCGUUAAAAACAGUUGAGCACUGUCUGGAUAAGGAGGUUUGGCAAGAUUCAGGCGUGUACACGGCUGAAAUGAUGGAAGACUUUGUUCAGCUCUUCAGAGAAGCCUUGAGCAAGAAUUUGCCAGAUCUGAACACAGUCAUUUGGGUCUGGCAGUCACUGAAAAAGCAAGAGAUUAAGCAGGACCAUGGGAAAGGGAAGAAGAGCGCUAGCAAGACUCCUGCUGCCUCAGAGCCUGUCCAGCACGACGAUGCAGAAACCAUUCUUCUGAAAGCUGUUCUGCUCCAGGUCAUAUGCCUCUACCAACAGGUUGUUCCCCACAUGGUCAUGCAGUACAACUUUGACUUCAGCAAACUCCUAAAAGGCAUCAUCUCUGAACAGGGCCCUCCUGAGGAGGUCCCUCCCAUCUUGCAGCACCACAUGCUAAAGGUGGCCCUGGAACUGCCUGCUAACAAGUUUUUGUGGCUAAAGGCACAGGAAGGCCAUGAUGCAGAAAUCAUUGGAGGAGAGCGCUCGGUUUUUUACCUGUUGAUGAAGAUGUUUGUGAGCAGUAACCAUUUACAGCUCAAGUCCUCCACUAAACUUCUGAUCAUGAAGAUUCUUCGGGACACGGGUGUGUUCGAACACACGUGGAGAGAGUUGGAGCUGUGGCUGGAGCACCUGGAUAGCACCGCAGAAGAGCACAAGGAAACCAUCAUUCAGUUCCUGGAGCGUAUAUUACUGACCCUGGUGGUGAGUCCUUACUCCUACACGGACAAAGCUGCUGAGUUUGUCCAGGAAGCCAGCACCCUGCAGGCCUCUGUGGGGAAGCAAGACGCCGAUGAUGUCAGCAUUCCCAUCUCCCACAUCGACGAUGUGCUGGACAUGGUGGAUGUCCUGGUGGAAGGCAGCGAGGGCCUGGAUGAGGAGAUCGGCUUCUUGUUAAAUGAAGACAUGAUUCUGCUCACCUUCCCCUUCAGCGCUCUGGUUCCUGCAGCUCUGGAAGCCAGGAAUAAGCUGCUCCUUGGGACAGAAAGUAAAGCAGGGGAGAGCGUCCUGGCAUAUCUGAUCGCAGUGUUGACAGACCUUCUCCACACCCAGAGGGACCCCCUAGCCCUGUGUCUUCUGCUCCAGGCUUACGACAAGUGUGAGCCUGCCAGCCUGCUCUGCCGUCAGCAGCUUGCCCAGUUCCACAGAUACUACAGUCUCUGGAUCCCUGAGCACGCCCAAGAGGUCUUGCCACUGCAGGUGCCCAGCAGCUCUGUUGUACCCCAUGUCUCCACCUCAUCUUCUUGCUUCUCCACCUUGCUGCAAACAGCGUAUGAGAGCCGCACACUUGGGGACAAGAACAUUCAGACACAGCUGCUGGCUGCUGUUCCCGGUCUAGCUCUGCAGCAGGUGCUGCGCUCAGCCAAGCAGGUGCUGCUCUACCUCAGGAGCACUGUGGAGAGCUUCAGCCGGCUGGGCAAAAGUGUGGGCCCAACCCACUUGCAGCUCCUCCUGGAUCUCCUUAAACACCUGGUUGUCCACUCUGAGCAGCUGGAUGCCCAGAACCAGCAGAAGGCAGAGGCCGCCCGUGCCGAGUCUGAUCUCUUUUUGGACAUGGAGUCUGUGGCUUCACUUGAGUUGGCCACUAACAAGACAGUAGAGGAGCUGCUGGUGGCCGUCCUUAAACACCCCACGCUGGAGAGUUGGUUUCUAGCCCUGGAGCAGAAAGCUCUGCCUCCACACACACUCAGCCCCAUCCUGGUGAAGCUCCUCGCGGCCCACUUCAGUGCUGGGGUCCUUCAGCUGCUGGUGGCGAGUUCCCCCAUUCUCCACAAACGGGGCCGGUUGGACCUCCUGGCCAAGUACUCAGAAGCCAUCACCCGAAGUGUGUUGAGAGAGCUGCGCACCAGGACUGUGAACUCUGCCACAGCACCCAAGACCCUGCUUCAGCUGGAGGCGCUGCGGGAGCUGCAUCCGUACAUGGAAAGUGUCCAGAUCCGAGAGGUCACCCUGGCCCUGCUGGGCUUGCCAGAGGCCCACCUGCUGGCCCCGCAAGGCACGCAGUCCCCAGGAGAGGAGAGACAGCUGAGCAGGCUUGGAAAGACACUGGUCCAGCUGCUGGCCAGCAGCCCCCGGGAGCAGCUGCAGAGCAGUGAGCUCCUCUGGUGGGCCGAGUAUGUUCGAGGCCUGGGGACUCUGCUCCCCACUCUGGCCGAGCAAGAGCUGGACACUGUAUUCCUGCAGACUCUGCAGAGAGACCCUGUGCUGGCCCCUGCGGUCCCAGCCGACCUGCUUGAGUACUGCUUGGUCCGACGGACAGAGGCAGCCCUGGGCAUUGCUAGCCUGCUCCUGCAGCACAGCAGCACCCACCUGCUGAAGUUUGAGCUGUGGUGUGGGCAGCCUGGUGCGGGGCUGCUGCAGGAGCACCUGGAUGACUUCCUCCCCCUUAUCCGUGUGUAUCUCCAGCACAGGACACAAGGAUGCUCCCUGCGGCCCACAGGAGUGCGCUCCGCUGUCACUCCUGUCCUGAGGGCCCUGUGGAGACGAGUGCGAGACAGGGUUUUCCAGAUUGACGGUCUCUCCACACAUGAGCGCCAUCUGGAGUCCCUGGCUCAGCUCGUGCCGUUUGCAAGAACCAAAGAUCUGCAUGUUCUCAUGGACCAUUUACCCAGCUUGCUUCGGACUCCGAGUAGUCACAGGAGUUGGAUUGUGGCCGACUCUGUCUCCGAGGCCUUGGGGUCAGCAGAAGAGCUGAGGGCCUGGAGGAAGACCCUUCUGGGGUCCUGUUUGCAGUGGCUGGCUGUGUCCUUCAGUGGCAGGGAGCCAGGAGAUGAAGACCCCCAGGAGCAAGAGAAGCCAAUGCUGCUCCGAUUCAGCCAGUUGUUGCAUGAGCUUAAAGCGGUUGACCCUGGUGACUGGCAGCAGUUUGUGAAGACAGGACUCAAAUUUCGGUACCAGGACCUCACCUUUUUGAAGACUCUGCUCGGUGCCGUGAAACUCCUGUACAGUCCAGAAAGCUCUUUGCACACAGAACUUGUCCAGCUUCCAGUGGUCCACAUGAUGCUCACCCAGCAUUCUCUGUUUUUGCCAACCAUGCUGACAUCGGAAGAACAGGAAAAUCUGGAUAGUCAAGUAAAAGAAACCCUGGUGGACCUGAUGUCCGCUGUGGUGAGGAUGUGCCCUUCCGUCUGUGAGAGCAGCCACUUUGCCGUGCUUCUUGGGACCUACAGCGCCACCCUCAGUGUCCUGGACCAGAAGAUUUUACUUCUCCUUCGUGCAUAUGAACAGAACAACCUCAGCCUCAUCAGCUUCAGGGUUCUGUUGUGGGGCCCAGCAGCUGUGGAACAUCACAAGACAUGCCGAAGCCUAGGCAAGUCGCUGUGGCAGCAGCCAAGCGUCGGGGACAUCCUCCGCCUGCUGGACCCAGAACGGAUGAUGCAGACCAUCCUGCACUUCCCACAGGACCGGAGGCUGCUGCCUGCUGAGGACACAGGGGAGCCACUGGUGUUUAAGGACAAGACCGUGAGAGUGGACCUCGACAGCCUCUACGACCCCUGCUUUCUUCUCCAUCUCUUUGGGGAACUGACCAGGCCAGAGUUUGUGGUGGAUUGUCGAAAAUUUUUGGAUUCAAAUGCUCUGGGUCUAACUGUCGCGGCCCUUAGCAGCUAUGACCCCCAGAUGCGAGCUGCAGCCUACUAUGUCCUAGCAGCCUACUACUCACACCUGGAGGGAGCUCGCUUCCGGGAACAGUCCCAGGUUCUGUACCUGUUGGAUGUUGUCCGUAAUGGAAUUAAAGCUCCAAACCUGAGACUCCCCUUUACCGUGGCUCUUUUCAUUGCCAAGGCAGCGCUCCAGAUCUUGAAACCAGAGGAGCACAUGUACUGGAAGAUCAGCAAGUUCCUGCUCUCCCAUGACAGCGUGAACAUGGACAAACUGCCGGGCUUCUACCAGUUCUUCUACAGCUCUGACUUCCAGCAAAGAACUGAACAAGAAUGGGUGUUGGGAAUUCUGCGGCAGGGGGUUAGAGACAAGCAGUGCUAUGAGCUGUGCUCCAGGAGAGGGGUGCUCCACAUCAUCCUGUCCUUCUUCAGCAGCCCCCUGUGUGACCAAGUGGCUCAGAAUUGGAUUCUGGAAAUUCUGCAGAAUAUUGCCCACAUCACCAGAUCUGCCUAUGAAGUCAUCCGUGACUAUAGCCUUUUAACGUGGAUUUUACACAUCCUUGAGAGCAGAUUUGUGGAGACUCAGUUGCUCUCCAACGUGAUCUCCUUGCUGCACACCCUGUGGGUGACCAACCUGGGCAACAAAGCACCGGAGCUGGGCGGCCAGCCACCUUGCCAGCCUGGCUCCCACGAGUCCCAGAAGAUUCUUGCAUUGCACAUGGUCAACGAGUUCCUGUAUGUUCUCAUAGCGCUUACAAAGCACCUGAGACCCACCCUGGCCUCCGCCCAGCUGAUCCACUUCUUCUGGACACUCGAGUCUGUGCUGAGCUAUCGGGGCACCAUCCUAAAGACCUUCAAGGAGAUGGGCCGAUUCACUGUGAACAAGGAGACGCUUUCCACCAAAGAUGUGCUGGUGCUCCUGCAUAAGUGGAGCCUCAUUGAAAGAGACACGACGCUCCAGGGAGCCCUGAAGGCCGUCAUUGAGCAGCACCAAGUCAAGGACCUAAUGAAGAUGCUCAAGGAUAAGAACAAGCCUGUGACAGCUGCCCAUGCCAAAGGCCCACGAGGCCGAAAGAAGAGGCAUGGAGAGGUGGAGGAGACUGCUGAGCCUGAGCUGGAAGCGUCUAGUUUGGAGACAUGCAAGGACCUCCUGAGGGCCACACUGACUCACUGGGGGCCAGUUGUGACCAUGCCUGGACCCACUCAGGAGUCUGUGGGCCAGGCUAGCCCCGGAAGUAAAACACUGGACUCUACACAUGCUGCUCUUUCCUUGGUGGCCAGCUGGGUGCUGAGGUCAUUGGCUGAGCGCCCCCUCGGCAGAGCAGAGGCCACAAGACUCCUUGACUGGCUCAAGAGCCACAUUGUGCCAUGCCCAGCGGUGGUGGCUGACCUUCUCAGGGACAGUGCUGUGAAGAGUGGCAUCUUUAGGCUGUAUGGUCGCCACUGCAGCGCCCAGGGCCUGGCGGAGCCUGCACAGGAUGUGGCCUGCGAGUUCAGCUCUGUCAUGCUGCAGUUGUUGGUAGCCCAGGGCCGGACAGACAGCCCUUUCCAUCCAGUGGUGGAGGCCCUGUGCCUUGACUGUCUGAACGAAAAGGAUGAAGCCAAACGAGCUCCCGCAGCGUUCCUGGUGUCGCUGUACGUUAAGGACGUCUGGCUGGGGGCCCAGCAGCCAGACACCUUCCUCCAUCAUGUCAGAAUGGUCUGUGACGCCACAGAGGACGGGCCACAUGGUGAAGCGGAGGCCAUUGUCCUGCUGUGCAGGAACAUUGACUCCUUGACCCAGACACCUGACUCACCCCUGCUUGCCAGCGCCCCAGCGGGGUCCAGGAAGCUUAGGGCAAGGUUUCCGGGAGGUGUGAACUGAUACAUUCAACUGUUUUCCAGCAAGAAAAGUGAAGAGGCCUUAACUGAUCAUCACGAGGCUCGGGUGUUGACCUUAUAGUCAGAGUUGAAGUGACUGGGACACUGGCAGGCCAUGAGGCCCAUGGCGGUUCGGAUGGCGCCACCCCGAGUCCCGGAGUCCCCGGCAGAGGACGCUCCCUAAGUGUGCUGGGAAGGAUUCAUGGUGUGAAAGCUGAUAUGUGAAACCUCGGGUCUGUAGACGACAGAUGUUUAAAGUCAUCUCUGUAAGAAGUCGUAGGAGUAGCUUCAGUGACCACGGGAACGAGCUCCUGUCUGUGUUUGCUGUUUAAGUAUGUUGUACUACACCCUAAGGUAAAUGCCUUCAUCUCUACUUUGGGGAGACCGUCUAUUUUUCUAAGUUAUAUUUCAAAGAGGAUUUUGAGUUUUAUAAUGUUUUGAUAAUAAAUAGCUAUUUUUGUGA